AUGCAAGCCUUGAGAAGCAUUUUUGUGUGCUACUUGUUAUUUCCCUUCUUAAGAAUCUCCACUCCAACAGCACUAGACACAAUUACUCCAAAUCGAUAUAUUAGAGACGGUGAAAGUCUAGUUUCAGCAGGUGGAAUCUUUCAACUGGGAUUCUUUAGCCCUGGUAAAUCAAAUGGUCGAUACUUGGGAAUAUGGUACAGUGUUGAUACUGAGGCAGUUGUACGGGUAGCCAACAGAGAAACACCACUUGGCGAUACUUCUGGAGUUUUGAAUGUCACUAAGCAAGGAGUUCUAGUCCUUCUCAAUAGCUCAAACAGCAUUGUAUGGUCAUCCAAUACAUCAAGAACUGCAGGGAAUCCAGUAUCACAACUCCUGGAUUCAGGAAAUCUUGUUGUGAAAGAUGGAAAUGAAACCAACCCUGUUAACUUUUUGUGGCAGAGUUUUGAUUAUCUUUGUGACACAUUCCUACCAGAAAUGAAGCUUGGUUGGGAGUUAGUUACUGGUUUAGAGAGGUACGUCUCGUCUUGGAGGAGCACAGACGAUCCUGCUCCAGGAGAGUUUUCGUUACGGAUAGAUCAUCGUGGUUUCCCACAAGCUGUUGUUGUAAAAGGAGCUAAGAUAGUGGCUUCGGCAGGCUCAUGGAACGGCCUUCAUUUUACAGCAUAUCCAUAUCCUCCACAAACACGAGCAAACCCAACAUUGGAGUAUGAAUUUGUGUUGAACAAGGAUGAGAUCUAUUAUGAGUUCAGGCUCUCAAAGAGGUCCACGUUCUCAAGAUAUAUAUUGAAUCCAUCAGGGAUUGCGCAGCGAUUAACAUGGGUGCACCAAACACAUAGUUGGGAACUUUCCUCUACAUUUCAAGCAGAUCGGUGUGAAAAUUAUGCUUUGUGUGGUGCAUAUGCUAGUUGCAAUAUGAAUGUCUCUCCCUUAUGUGCGUGCUUGAAGGGAUUUGUACCAAAAUCUCCAAAAGAUUGGAAUUCAGGAUAUUGGUCUGACGGGUGUGUUCGAAAGAUUCCAUUGGCUUGCAGCUCUGGAGGUGGCUUCCUAAAGUACACUGGGGUUAAAUUGCCAGACACAUCUUCCUCAUGGUUUGAUAAAAGCAUGAGCCUCAAGGAAUGCAAGGGAUUAUGUUUGAACAACUGCUCAUGUACGGGAUAUGCAAAUUUAGAUAUCAGGGAGGGAGGAACUGGCUGCUUGCUAUGGUUUGGCAAGCUCAUUGACAUAAGGGAAUUCACUCCCGGUUGUGGUCAAGACCUCUAUAUACGGAUGGCAGCUUCAGAACUUGAUCAAAUUGAGAAAAAGAGCAAGUUCAACAAGAAAAAGCUACCUGGAAUUCUUCUCAUCAGCUCUACACCUUUUCUUUUGGGAACGUUAAUAAUUGGCUUGAUAUUGUAUAGACGGAAGAAGAAACUCAGAAGUCAAGGAGUCAGAAGCAUGGAUUGCAGAAAAGAUUGCCUUGGAGAAGACAUGGGAUUACCACUAUUAAACUUGACCACCGUAGCUAUUGCCACUAAUGAGUUUUCAAGCAGUAACAAGGUGGGAGAAGGUGGCUUUGGACCUGUGUACAAGGGUACAUUGAUAGGAGGGAAAGAAAGUGCAGUGAAAAGGCUUUCAAAGGAUUCCGGACAAGGACUGAGGGAGUUCAAAAAUGAAGCUAUGCUGAUAGCUGGACUUCAACAUCGCAAUCUUGUAAAGCUUUUGGGUUGUUGCAUUCAAGAAGAUGAAAAAAUUUUGAUAUAUGAAUUCAUGACCAACAGAAGCUUGGACUUCUUUAUUUUUGUUUCUUCAGAUCAUGAGGGACAAAAGUUGCUCGACUGGGCUACAUGCUUCCACAUCAUUGGUGGAAUUGCUAGAGGGCUUCUUUAUCUUCACCAAGACUCUAGAUUGAGAAUUAUCCAUAGAGAUUUGAAAGCUAGCAAUAUCCUGCUUGAUAAUAAUAUGAACCCAAAGAUUUCAGACUUCGGCCUCGCUAAAACAUUUGGUAGUGAUCAAAGUCGGGGUAAUACAAAAAGAGUGGUUGGAACGUAUGGUUACAUGUCUCCUGAAUAUGCAGUAGAUGGAAUUUUCUCGAUGAAAUCUGAUGUCUUUAGCUUCGGAGUAAUACUGCUAGAGAUGUUGAGUAGGCAAAAGAACAGGGGAUUUUCUAACCCAGAUCACCACCUUAACCUUCUUGGCCAUGCAUGGAUACUAUGGAUUGAAGAUAAACCAUUGGAACUGAUUGAUAAGAUAUUACGUGAUUCGUGCACCAUAUCUGAAGUGUUAAGGUGUCUUCAUGUGGCGCUGUUAUGUGUGCAAAGAGUACCUGAAGAUAGACCAAGCAUGUCAUCUGUGGUUCUAAUGUUGAGCAGUGAUGUUACCUUGCCUCCACCAAAGCAGCCUGGUUUUUACACCGAGCGAAGUGUCCCUGAAUCACACUUAAGUACACGCCGGUGUUCAGCAAAUACUUCCAUUACAAUAAUAGAGGCUCGGUAGAUCAUCAUUCUGGUGCUUGUUCAUGCUUCUGUCUACCAUUCACAAAAUUGCAUAGGGCAGGUUGUCUACAGCCUUAGUUGGAAAACAAUGACAUGAGAUUAUUAAUAUUAUGCAAGAAAGAUGUGAUUGAAUUAUAAGUUUGCUUGGAACAGUUUCUACUGCACAACAA